AUGCAUAUCCUGGUUGUCAACGAUGAUGGCCCUCCAUCGAAUCAGUCAUCCCCUUAUGUCCAUUCCCUCGUCCAUCACCUCCAGUCCGCAGGCCAUGCCGUCUCCGUUGUUCUCCCGCACAGACAAAGGUCAUGGAUUGGCAAAGCGCAUCUCGUGGGAGCGACCGUGAAACCAAUGUACUUUCGUCCAGGCACACUGCACCAAGAUGAUGGGACGAUUCACCAUCUACCGCGCGAAUUCGACGGCGAAACCGGUGGUGUGGGGGAUGAAUGGAUGCUCGUCGACUCUACCCCCGCCAGCUGCGUUCAAAUUGGAUUAUUCCAUUAUAACCAGGACAGGGGACCCGUAGACCUUGUUAUCUCGGGUCCGAACUACGGAAGAAACACUACGGCGGUAUUUUCACUGUCGAGUGGGACAAUUGGAGGAGCCCUGGAAGCAGCUGUGUGUGGAGUCAAAGCCGUUGCCCUUUCUUUCGCUUUUAGUUCCAGGCACCAUGACCCUGUGAUCAUUGCGGAGGCGUCGAAGUUAUCCAUCCGUCUUAUCGAGCAUCUUUACAAGAACUGGGGCGAUGGCGUGGACCUGUAUAGUAUCAACGUUCCCCUGGAGCCAGGAGUGGAGCAUGAAAAGAUCCUGUACACGCCUAUAUUGAAUAAUCGUUGGAAAUCGGGGAGUUGCUUUGAAGCAAUCGAUGCGGAGGCUAGCGGUGAGGGACCAGAUCUUCAGGAACAGCAACUACGAGAAGGCGAGAUGACUCGGGACGAGAGCGAGAAACCAACUGGUCCACAAUAUCGCCAUAGACAUUUUAAAUGGGCACCUAAGUUUACCGAUGUUUACCGGAGUGUUGAUGAAAGUGAACCCGGAAACGACGGAUGGGCAGUGAAGAUGGGAUAUACCAGUGUCACUCCGCUAAAAGCAAAUUUUAUGCAUUUACAAGGUUAUACUGGAGAGAUAACGUUGGAAAGAGAUAUACCUAAAAUUCAUGCGAUUGUGGAAUGCGAUGACGAAUAUGUUCAGCCCCUUGUUCUUAACGCUCUCCAGAAGGCAUUAAAGGGAGUGCCGUACCAGUUGAUAUCGUCUCUAUCCAAUCUCCCUAGCGAAUCGUCGCCAGUCCUACAAUAUCGCGUUUACGAAAAGUCCGAUUUCGAUCAUGUACUUGCCCAUCCGUCUACGUCCCUAGUAAAUUCGUACGUGAUUCGCAAAGCGCUCAUUCGCAAACACUAUCUCUCAAACACGAUUGCAAAUUGGAUCACAAAGCACCCCGAUAGCAUACUCCAGAAACAUUUCAAGCCCGCAGUGGAGUUUGAGUUGGACUAUGCUGAGUUUUUAGAUGAAGCCCUGCUCGAGGCCUAUGAACUGCGUGAGAGCCUUGAAAAGAACGAGGAGCUGGAGGAAUCCGAAAAGGAAUGGUGGAUUUUGAAACCUGGGAUGAGCGACCGUGGACAAGGGAUCCGCCUUUUCAACAGCGAAGCGUCCUUGCAGGCCAUAUUUGAAGAAUGGGAAGAAGAGGAAGAGGACGAUGAAGUAGAGGACGAUACAGCUGAAAAGGGUGAUCACGUUGUCGACAAUGCGGUUGUUACAUCUCAGCUACGCCAUUUUAUCGCCCAACCCUAUAUCGAUCCUCCCCUUCUCUUGCCAUCGGACAACCGAAAAUUUCAUAUUCGUGUAUAUGUGCUGGCGGUGGGCUCUUUGAAGGUCUACGUCCACACAGAAAUGCUAGCUUUGUUCGCAGAAAUGCCGUAUGCUACACCAUGGGAGAAAUGCGGAGUUGAAGAACUCACCCGGCAUUUGACCAACACAUGUCUCCAGGCGAACAGCGCCGGUGGCCUCAGUGCUGAUAGUGUCCGUCGCUUCUGGGAUCUAGACGACAGCGUUCCAUCGCUGCCUUCCAGCUGGAAAGAGCGCGCUUACGAGCAGAUUUGCGCCGUCACCGGCGAGGUCUUUGAGGCCGCAGCCCGGGGGAUGAUGGUGCAUUUUCAAACGCUUCCCAAUGCGUUUGAACUAUUUGGUGUGGAUUUCUUGGUCGACGAUCACGGUGAUGUCUGGUUGUUGGAGCUGAAUGCUUUCCCGGACUUUCGACAAACAGGAGACGACCUCAAAGACAAGGUUGUUGGGACGCUGUUUGAAGAAGUAGUGGAGGUAGCGGUCAAUCCGUUCUUUGGCAUUGGAAGUGCAAACGGCCACGACAUUUCCAUUCCGGGACCUGCUGGCAGCGAGGAGAAGUCCCGACUUCGUCUUGUAGCCAGCAUGGAUCUGGGACGUAAGAGCUGA